UUCAUCCAUCCCUAACAUCUGCGUUUUACAACAGCAGCCGGAUAUAGUUGUAAUUUUUAAGUUUUACGCGAACACUCAGAUGCGUAUAAAUACCUACACACACUUGCGUUUCGUGUCUUGAUUCUCAAAUCAUCUUAAUUUCACGUUUGUUCGAACAGCGGUGGCUCUGACUUAAUACAACACACGACUGAAAAGAGAAGGGAAGAGUUGAGCGGCAUCCUGACAUGGCCAAUGAAUCUCGAGACGAAGGACAGUCCAGUUUGAACGACAGAGAUGCUCGAAUUAUUAUAGACAGAACAUUUACUGGCAAUAAAAUAUGCAAAGGCAUAACGAAGGCGUUGCUGAAGCUGCUGGUGAUUGUCCUGAUAGUUGCCGGGGUUAUAACUGCUUAUGUGUUUAUAGAAAGACGAUAUGAAAGCCAUCUGGAGGAUCUUAUUUCGGCCGUUACCCCGUCUAAGACAGAACCACCGAGGCUUUUCAGUGGAAAUUUACCAAUGGCAUUGAAAAGUAAAGCUGGAAACAAAAUCGACCGGUAUUACUUAAAUAUAGGUAUGCGUCCAGACUACCAACUUCAGGAGUGUCAAACGUCAGCAUUAAAGCAAUCUUUUCCAGACGUUGAUUAUUCUCUACUUGGCUAUAAUGUGCUAAAAGGCUUCCCGCUAGCCAUUGGUCACGAUCCUGGCUUCACCUACCCGAUAUUUCGGCAUGAUUAUUCUUCUGGAGGCAUGACAGCCGAUUGCCGGUACAGUGUACCACGUGGUCUUGUGAUCAUACCGGAUGUCUCGUGUGUUACCUCAUUUUCAUCAACAGAAAUACAAACGAAAUACGAGUUUUCAAAAGAACUGUCAGUUUCCGCUAAUGUACAUGGGGGCGGAUGGGGAGUGAAAUUUUCUGCGAGCGCAGGAUACAAACAAUCGUCAUCAGAAAUGUCUACUGGAGAGUCAGUCUACAUUUUGUCUUCUGCUCAUUGUAACUAUUAUUUUAGUAAGUUGAUAAAAGAAAAUGCCCCACCGUUUGAUGACGUGUUUAUCCAGUGGGUUGACAAACUGAAUCAAGUGUAUUGGGAUAAUCCAGAACUCUACUUCAAUUUCUUCGAGACAUAUGGGACACAUUUUCCAACCGAGGUAAAAUAUGGCGCAAGGUUUACCUACGAGCAUAAAAUGUCGUCUUCUCAGUAUGAAAAAGAAAAGAAAAGUGGUGUUAAUGUUGCUGUCGAAGCAAGUUACUCGGGAUUGAUAAGUGUAGGUGGGGGUUUCAGUUUAGAUACCGAACAAAGAGAAAAGGCGUCAGCAUUUUCGAAAUCAGUCGAAACCAGAACGAUAACUGUUGGCGCACCACCGCCAGCAAAUGGGAGUGCUACUGAAUGGGCAUCCGAGGUGAAAAGUAGUCCAGUACCGACAAAGUACGAAUUAUCAUCGAUUGAGGAACUAUUCACUGCCAGAUACAUGCGUAAUUUGAACGUUGACUUCAAACGUAUUCGUAAAAAUAUAGAGGGUAUGAAGAAAGGCUAUUGUGAAUAUCUUCGCAAAAAAGGGACUGUCGAGUCAUGUGAAAGUUUGGUUGCCGGAAUUGAGCUAGCAAACACGAGGUUACAUGGUCCGUAUAAAGAAAUGCAGGUUGCUCUGAUAGGAUCGGAAUGUAUAGAAAAAUGUUUGGAAGAAAUACAGUGCGUCGCAGUAACAGCUUGCACCUCUUGCAAGAAUGGCCAUUACGCAUUCAAUACUUGCUACUUGUUCGAGGAAACGGGACACUCUACUAGCGCUGAGAAAAACACCAUGUGGCAAAGCAAUAUAUUUCCAGAGAAAAUGAAUUAUCAGAUACAAUUCAAUAAUACUGCUAUUGUCGGCGUCCCACGCGGUUUCGAAAAUGAUCAAGGCAAAAGCGCGAGCCUGACACAAUGCCACGAACUUUGUAUCAAGGACGCCCAUUGUGUAGCGUACACACAUUGUGACUGCCCGAACAAAAUAUCUAAAUGUAAAUUGUACAGUAAGAAGAGUACACUUUUAUCAGGUCUAGAGGAAGAACCUGAUACCAAAGCAUUUUUUAUUUCUAGACGACAGAAUAUUGCCACAACUACACCAGUACCAACGACGUCUGAAAACACGACAGCAAAUACAACACACAACAUAAACUGACUCUGACUCAAUGCAGACUUGGAACGCCGGUAUAAAUUACAGACUCCGGUAUAUACCGGAUUAACUAAAUUUGAACGAAAAAUAUCUUAAAUGUAUAUAUUUUGUAACCAUGGUGAUACUAACCCUAACCUUUAGUCAGUAUAUUAUGCAAAUUAUACACUAAAUGCGUGCGAACAUGCAAAAAUAUGCAUAUUUAUUUUUGCCGUGCGCUACAAUUGAUAAUCAUUUCCGGGCAUGCGCAGAAGACCGCUCCAACUCUGCAAUGAGUUACAUCGACAUAAACUAAUGGUUCAUCUUGGAAGGAUAACAAUUGAUUCAUAUUGUUAGUUGAAUUUACGGUAUAAGGUACAGAAUGCUAUUGAUUACAGAAAUGGACGGAACGGUAAAGUAGCAACAAUGAAUGUUAUCACCUUAAAACAGUUUAUUUAAAAUCUAAAAUUGCACGAAACGUUACACUUAUAGACAAUGUUGAUAUGGAUGAAUGAAGAAAAGAAUGUGUUGCUUUUGAUAGAAUGUUUGGCAUUGUGCAGAAGAUGUUCUUUGGUUAAAGGGACUGAACUCCAGAUUUUGGCUAAAAUUGAUCUUUGUUUGGUCAUAUUAUAAACAUUUGUUGAAAAACGUAAUUUCGGAUGUGGGGGUUUAUACUCCAUUGAUGAAAUAACACUUUAAUUCCAGUUUUCUAUGUUAGUUUAUUAUGUGAUGGAUGUAUAGUCUAAGUGAUGGAAAUAUAGACAUCAAAAUUAUAAUUCUCUCAUUCCUCUGGUCUAAAGUCACUUAUAAUUAUAACUGUAAAAUAUU